AUGGCCUUGACACUUCCGUUGGAGCUGCAGCAGCAAAUCUUCUCAUACUUGGAUCCCUGGUCAUUUUACGCUUCAAGAAACGUUUGUCGAUACUGGAAGCAUGCCUCCAGAGAUGCCGUCACGCUCGCCAACCAACUAGGACAACUGCCCAUCGAGCCAACAACAUGGAUCAAGAAAGUCGACUCGAAACGAAGAGAGUCGGUCUACGAUGAGGCGGCAAGAGCGCUAAUGCUGGGCAUGCGCAUCAAGGCUUCAGCUUCAACCGAGGACAGUCUGUCGACGAGACUCGACAAGACCAAGCUUGCUCUGUCCAAGGAUUGCAAGCGAGCAGUCUCGCUACACGAGCGCACCAUCACACACUACGACACAACCACCUCCGAACCCACCGUUAUCUCUACCCGCCCCAUUAAUGACCUUCGCACAGCAAUGGGCGGAGGCCCAUGGUUCAAGUGCUCACCGACGUCCAUGUACGAGCUAGCUCUCUCUUCCAACGGACGCAUGCUGGCCAUUGCCCUCGAACGCACCGUUCAGAUCUACGACCUUGACUCAUCUCCCGACUCAUGGCCUGUGGCCUCGUACAUCACCUCAGCCACUGGUCAUUACAUCGCCGCUCUCGACUUCGAACACAAUGACAGCUUGCUACGAGUGCAGCUGAGCAAUAAAGGUGUUGUCGUCUACCUUGGCUCGCCGAAAGAGGCGCAGCCUGGUCUAGAGCACUGGCAAGACAAAGGUGGUUUGAAGCACGCUUUCCUCGAUGCUAGCAAGCUCUCUUUGCCGCAGACAGAUCCUGUCGACGGCGCUCCCGCCGUGUCACAGCGUUUGGCUGGACUUCAGCUCUUGCGUCCGUUUGCAAAUGGCUGGCUGGUCGCUGCCCAGAAGCAUGCGACGAACGUACAGUCAGGCUCAUACUGCCUAGCCUACGUUCCUUUCAGUCAAAUUCAUGGCCACGUCCUCACUGCUGAACGCGCUGUUACCAUCCUCGAGGAUCUUCCUGUACAUCUAUCCGAGAACAUUCAGCACCUGUGGCACGAUUUGCCUUCCGCUCACAUCAAUCAUCCCCGUUUCGCCCUCUCGCCCAACAACUCCCUCUUGGCCAUGUCCGAGAACAACGCAUCCUCUACUCCUACAUCUCCUUCAACAAAUCGCGUCUUCCUCUACCGCUUGCCAUCGGCCGAGAAGCUGAUGGAGUCCCUCAAACCACAACAUCCUCUUCUUCAAAAGCUCGAGGCAGAAAAGGAGUUUAAAUACCAGAUCAAGCGUCUUCCUACCAGCCUUGGCUCCAUCUCUGGCAAGAUGCUCGACUUCACCUUUGAAUCUGUCGACAGAGGCGCCAGCUCUCCACUUGCAGUGACAGCUGUCACUGAUGCUGGUGCCAUGACUUGGACGUUGCUGGACAACUGA